GCUGGCUGCAGUGCAGCUGCGCCGGAAGUAGCGCGGGCUCGGACAACUCAUGGCGGCUGGGGCGGCUUCCGCGCGUUCCAGUGGUGGUCACUGAGCUGUUAGCCUGGCAGUGGGCGUGCGCCGAACCCGGGCCGGCAACCGCGAGCCCCAUCUCGGGCUCCGUACCCCUAAUGCUGCGCGGGUGCUGAGCCCGCCCGGCCGGGACGAUGGUGAAGUAUUUCCUGGGCCAGAGCGUGCUCCGGAGUUCGUGGGACCAAGUGUUCGCUGCCUUCUGGCAGCGGUACCCGAAUCCUUAUAGCAAACAUGUCUUGACGGAAGACAUAGUACAUCGGGAGGUGACCCCUGACCAGAAGCUCCUGUCACGGCGACUCCUGACCAAGACCAACAGGAUGCCCCGCUGGGCUGAGCGACUGUUUCCUGCCAAUGUUGCUCACUCAGUGUACAUCCUGGAGGACUCUAUUGUGGACCCACAGAAUCAGACCAUGACCACCUUCACCUGGAACAUCAACCACGCCCGGCUGAUGGUGGUGGAGGAACGAUGUGUUUACUAUGUGAACUCUGACAACAGUGGCUGGACUGAAAUCCGUCGAGAAGCCUGGGUCUCCUCUAGCUUAUUUGGUGUCUCCAGGGCUGUCCAGGAAUUUGGUCUUGCCCGGUUCAAAAGCAAUGUGACCAAGACUAUGAAAGGUUUCGAAUACAUCUUGGCCAAGCUGCAGGGUGAGGCCCCUUCCAAAACACUUGUUGAGACAGCCAAGGAAGCCAAAGAGAAGGCAAAGGAGACAGCACUGGCAGCUACAGAGAAGGCCAAGGACCUAGCCAACAAGGCAGCCACCAAGAAGCAACAGCAGCAGCAACAAUUUGUGUAGCCAGCCUACAACCACCACAGCACACCAGAUUACUGGGCUCAACUGUCUCUGCCCUCUUCCCAUUAGUCUGUUAUUAAAAAUCAACUUCCA